AUGGAUGCCAAAGUCAAAGCAAUGAUCAAGCUCAUUGAAGAAGAUGCAGAUUCUUUUGCAAGGAGGGCAGAAAUGUACUACAAAAAACGCCCAGAGCUCAUGAAACUGGUUGAGGAAUUCUAUCGAGCUUAUCGUGCGUUAGCAGAGAGGUACGAUCAUGCAACUGUGGAGCUGCGCCAGGCUCAUCGAACCAUGGCAGAAGCGUUUCCCAACCAAGUACCUUAUGUAUUGGCAGAUGAAUCACCCUCAGGCUCUUCUGGCCCAGACGUUGAACCUCAUACCCCAGAAAUUCCACAUCCAGUUCGUGCCUUAUUUGACGCAGAUGAUUUGCAUAAGGAUGCACUGGGACUCUCAUCAACUAACUUACAAGCUUUGAAAAGGAAUGGUUCAGUAGACUCUGAAUCAGGAAUAAGCAAAAGAGGUCUGAAACAGGUCAAUGAGAUGUUCAAUCCAGGAGAAGUGCCAAAUAAUUUAAAGGUUGCGGAGGGAAGGAUGAGAGAAGGCUCAAGUUUCCAAGAAGCAGAAGAGAGCAAACAAAAGUUGCAAAGUGGGUACUCUCAGUUAACAAGUGAGAACCAGAGUCUCAAGACCCAGGUUCUUUCUCAAUCUGAGCGUGCUGCAAAAGCUGAAACUGAAGUUCAAACCUUAAAGAAAACUCUAGAUGAGAUACAAGCUGAAAAAGACACAGUCCUUCUUCAGUACGAGCAGAGUUUGGAGAAGUUAUCUAAACUGGGGAGAGAACUAAAUGAUGCACAAAUGGCUGUUGGAGGGCUCGAUGAACGAGCAAGCAAAGCUGAUAUUGAAACUACAAUAUUGAAGGAAACCCUUGUGGAAUUAGAAGCGGAGAGGGAUGCUGGUCUUCUUCAGUACAAUCGUUGUUUGGAAAGGAUAUCUAGCCUGGAGAGCAUGUUAUCUUUCGCCCAAAGGGAUGCAAAAGGACUUAAUGAGCGAGCUAUUAAAGCAGAAACUGAAGCUCAAAAUCUCAAGCAAGAACUUUCUAAACUAGAGGCUGAAAAGGAAGGUUUUUUUCUUCAGUACAAGCAAUGUCUUCAGCAGAUAUCUGUUCUGGAGACUAAAAUCUCAGUUUCUGAGGAAAAUUCCAGAAUGCUUAAUGAACAAAUUGAAAGAGCUGAAGGUGAAAUCAAAUCUCUGAAGGAAUCUCUGGCUAUACUGAAGGAAGAGAAAGAAGCUGCAGCUCUUCAAUACAAGCAGUGCAUGGAUACAAUUUCUAAGAUGGAAAGUGAAAUUUCUCAUGCUCAAGCAGAUGCUGAACGACUGAAAAGCGAAAUUUUGACAGGGGCAGCAAACUUAAAGAGUGCCGAAGAACAAUGCGUUCUCUUGGAGAGAUCAAAUCAGUCUCUGCGGUUAGAGGCGGACGGUCUGCUGAAGAAGAUUACAAGUAAAGAUCAAGAACUUUUAGAGAAGAAUGAAGAGAUGGAGAAAUUUCAGAUUCUGAUGCAGGAGGAGCACUUGCGGUUUGUGCAAGCUGAAGCCACUCUCCAAGCUCUACAGAAGUUGCACUCCCAAUCCCAAGAGGCGCAGAAAGCUUUAGCACUGGAGUUCAAAAAUGGCCUUCAAAUGUUGAAGGACUCGGAGAUACGCAAACAAGGUAUGGAGGAUGAUAUCCAGCAGGUUAAGGAGGAAAAUAAGAGCUUAAGUGAAUUGAAUUUUUCUUGCACUAUCUCGAUAAAGAAUCUGCAAGAUGAAAUCGUUAACAUCAAAGAGAUGAAAGAGAAACUUGAACAGGAGGUUGCGCUAAAAUCAGACCAAAGCAAUGCCCUCCAGCAGCAUAUAUUCGACUUGGAGGAGGAAAUUAAGGGAUUGAACAAAAGAUACCAGGCUAUGGCGGAGCAGGUGGAAUCAGCAGGUUUAAAUCCUGAAUGCUUUGAGUCAUCUGUGAAAGACUUGCAAAAUGAAAAAGCAAAGCUGAAAGAUAUCUGCACAAGGGACAGAGAAGAGAGAGAACUUCUUUAUGAGAAAUUGAAGGAUAUGGGUAAACUUUCAAAGGAGAAUGCCGUUCUGGAGAGUUCGCUGUUGGGGUUGAAUGGUGAGUUGGAGGGUUUGAGAGAGAAGGUCAAAGAAUUGCAGGAGUCUUGCCAGUUUCUCCAGGGAGAAAAAUCCAUUCUUGUUGCUGAGAAAGCUAUCCUGCUUUCUCAGUUACAAAUUAUCACUCAGAAUAUGCAGAAGCUUUUUGAGAAGAACACCUUGCUGGAAAAUUCCCUCUCUGGUGCAAAUAUUGAGCUUGAACGGUUGAGAGCAAGAUCAAAGAGCUUGGAAGAGUUGUGCCAGUUACUCAAUAAUGAGAAGUGCAAUCUUCUUAAUGAGAGAGGCACCCUUGUAUUUCAGUUAAAAGAUGUUGAACAGAGACUGCGAAACCUGGAAAAGCGGUUUACAAAAUUAGAGAAAAAAUAUUUGAAGCUGGAGAAGGAGAAAGGCUCCACACUUAAUGUUGUAGAGGAACUAUGGGGUUCCCUUCAUGCAGAAAAACGAGAGCGUGCAAGUUAUAUACGGUCAAGUGAGGCUCGGUUAGCAGGUUUGGAAAACAAUUUCCAUGUCAUGCAGGAAGAAAGAAGGCUGGGAAAGAAAGAAUUUGAAGAAGAACUAGAUAAAGCUCUAAAUGCCCAGAUUGAGAUCUUUGUCCUUCAGAAGUUUAUAGAAGAUCUGGAAGAGAAGAAUUUUUCAUUAUUAAUUGAGAGUCAGAGACAUGUUGAGGCAUCCAAAUUUUCUGAUAAGCUGAUCGCAGAAUUGGAGAAUGAAAAUCUUGAGUUACAGGUGGAAGAAGAAUUCUUGGUGGGAGAAAUCGAAAAGUUAAGGCUGGGAAUUCGUCAAGUGUUCAGGGCUCUUCAAACUGAACCAGAUAGCCAUGAAAAUAAGAGUGGACAAGAGCAAGUACCUGUGCCGCACAUUUUGAAUACUAUUAAGGACUUGAAAACGUCUUUGCUUAGGAGCAAGGAUGAGGAACAACAGUUGCUGGUUGAGAAGUCAGUGCUCUUAACUUUACUUGAGCAGAUGAGAUUAGAGGGUGCAGAGAUAGAAUUAGCAAAACAACUCUUCAAGCAGGAGUAUGAGAUUAUGGUAGACCAUUGUUCUACGCUACAAAAAGAGAAGCAUGAGCUUCUAGAGAUGACGAGGCAGCUGAGGUUGGAAGUGACCAAGAAAGGGCACAAGGAGGAAACAUUAGAGGCUCAAUUGCAAACGCUUCAAGCUAAGGUGGAAAAUUUUCAGGAUGCUUAUGUGGUUUUGCACAAAGAGAACUCCAAGGUGCUUGAAGAGAGAAGAUCUUUGCAUAAGAAAGUUUUGGACCUGAAAGAGGAAAAGAAAAUGCUUGAAGAGGAGAAUAGUGUUAAUUUCCAUGAAGCACUAGCUUUCAGCAACCUCUCUUUGGUUUUAGAGAGCUUCACAAUUGAAAAAGCUGCGGAACUAAAAGCACUUGCUGAAGAUCUCAACACCCUCUUUGUAAUUAACAAUGACCUCAAAGAGGCUGUUGGAAUAUUGGAGGAGAAUUUAGUGAUGAAAGAAGUAGAAAAUCUACAUCUGAAUGACACUGUCCAAUUGUUGGACAAGGAACUGAGUGAAGCCAAUGACUUAAAUGGUCAACUAAGCCAUCAAAUUGCAGUUGGAAAGGAUUAUCUGAAACAGAAAACCAUGAAGCUCUCAGAGGCAGAAGAGAAGCUUGAAAAGACAGAGGAAUUGAAUCUGCAAUUAUGUAGAACAUUUCAGGAACUGAAGAUGGAAUAUGAAGAAUCAAAAAUUGUGAAAGAAAAUUGUGAGAAGCAGAUUCUUGAACUAUCUGAAGGUAGCACAAAUCAGAAAAAGGAAAUCGUUGGCCUUCGUGAAGCGAAUGAAAUUCUGGAGAAUGAAAUCUUGUGUAAAGCAAUUGAAAAAGAAAUAGAAAAUCUACAUAUGAAUGAGACAGUGCAAUUGUUGGACAAGGAUCUUUGUGAAGCCAAGGACUCAAAAGCUCAGCUAAGCCAUCAAAUAUUAGCUGGAAUGAAUUCUCUGAAACAGAAAACCAUGGAGCUCUCAGAAGUUGAAGAGAAGCUUAGAAAGACAGGGGACUUGAAUGUGGAAUUGUGCAGAACCAUUCAGGAACUGAGGAUGGAAAAUGAAGAUUCAAAACUAAUGAGAGAAAAUUGUGAGAAGCAGAUUCUAGAACUAUCGAAAGAUAACUCAAAUCAGAAGAAUGAAAUUGAUAGCCUUCACAAAGCAAAUGGAACUCUGGAGAUUGAAGUGGGCAUCUUAAGUGAAGUAAUUGAAGAACAUAGAAUUAGAGAAGAGAAUUUGAAUUCAGAGCUGCAAGAAAGAAGCAAUGACUUUGAACUCUGGGAGGCUGAGGCUGCAACAUUCUAUUUUGAUUUUCAAGUUUCUGCUGUCCGUGAAGUUUUUCUUGAAAAUAAAGUUAAUGAGCUUUCUGAAGUUUGUGAGAGUCUUAAAGAUGAAAGUGCUACAAAAGGUGUGGAGCUUGAACAAAUGAAAGAAAGAGUUAGCUCCUUGGAAGGUGAAGUUGGAGGACUGAUGGCCCAAAUGUCUGCAUAUAUUCCUGUUGUAGCCUCAUUGAGAGAGAAUGUAGCAUCUCUUCAGCACAAUGCCGUUCUUAGAACAAAGCUUCUUGUGGAAAGCAAUCAACAAUAUAAGGAUAUUGAACCACAAAAUUAUCUACAUCAAAAGAUCUGUCAGGAUUCCAGAGAAGAUCAAAGCACAUUGGUACCAGACGGAAUUUCAGAAUUGGAAAAAAUGCAGACUAUGAUCAAAGAAGUUGAAAAGAUGUUUGUAGAAGAAACAGAAAGGCUUGCAAUUGAAGCAGUUGAAAAGGCAAUGGUGGAAGAAAUGGAAAGGCUUGCAACUCAGGAAAGUACAAAAAACACCAACAUCAAAGUGGAGGUUUCCGUGGAGAUCGAAGAGCUAAAAUCAAAAGGUACCUCACUUCAAGGAAAGGGCAGUAAAAGUGAAGAGCUGAAACUUGUGAAUGAGUUUACUGAUGAAAAUCUCAAGUUGCAGAGGAUGAAAUCUGAUAAUGGGACUUCGAUGAAAGAUAUUCCGCUUGAUCAUGUUUCAGAUUGUUCAUUUUAUGGAAGAAGCGGGAGAGAUAAUGGUGGGGCGGAUGAUCAAAUGCUUGAGUUAUGGGAAACUGCCGAACAACACUGCCAUCAGGAUCCAGUGGCCAGUGAGAUAGAAAAUCAGGCAUCUGCACCAAGGGAAGAUGUGGCUUACCAUCGGUUUGCAGAUUCGCAGAAGAUCAUUCAAAAUUCUUCUUCGGAAGUUCAGGUUGAGAAGGAGUUGGGCAUUGACAAGCUGGAGGUGUCCCUUAAUAUUCAAGGGCCAAGUCAUGAAGGCAAGAAGGAAAAGAUAUUGGAGAGACUUGCUUCUGAUGCUCAGAAACUGAUAAGUCUGCAAACAAUUGCUCAAGAUUUGAAUAAGAAGAUGGAGACAAACAACAAGGGUAGAAAGGCAAAUGGCACUGAAUAUGAAACAGUCAAGACACACUUGCAUGAAGUUGAGGAGGCAGUUGUGCAGCUAGCAGAAAUUAAUGAUCAAUUGAAAAAGAAUAUCGAAGAGUCUCCGUUGAACGAGCAGACGUCCAUGGAGUUGGAGGAGGCUGGAAAUGUCUGGAGAGAGAGAAUACUCGAACAGGCAAGUAAAGGGUCUGAGAAGAUUGGAAGGUUGCAGUUUGAGUUACAGAACAUUCACUAUAUUUUGCUGAAAUUGGAGGAUGAAAACAAAAACAAAGGGAGGAAUGGAUUUUACGUAAGUAGAACAGGUGUUCUCCUGAAGGAUUUUAUUUACAGUGGCAGAAGUAGUGAGAGGCGCAAGAAGGCUCGUGUGUGUGGGUGUAUGAGACCCUCCACAAAUGGAGACUGA